AUGAGCGCUGGAAUUAAAACAGUUUCCCUGGAUCCAGUGAUUAAAAAAUUGGAGGAGAGCGGAUUUUACUGGGGAGCAAUAUCUGCAGUCAAAGCAAAAUCUUUAUUACGCGAGAAACCCGUCGGACAAUUUCUGGUUCGCGACAGUUCGGACUCGAGGCAUCUUUUCACUAUAACACUAGUCACAGCCACCGGAAUAACAAACGUGCGGAUAAAUUUCACUGAGGGCUUCUUUUCUUUGGACAGAAAUGAUACAUUUAUGGAACCGAGAAACGAAGAAGUCAAGAAUUAUUCUCCACCAAAAUUUGACUGUGUUGUCAAGAUGGUAUUUUACUAUAUGUUGGUCUCAACAGGGAUUUUACAGACUAAGGAGAAAGUAACCAAAACUUUGGGCAAUAGAGGAACUCCGCUAUUUAUCCUAUGGAGCCCAUUAUAUAAGGAAGUUUCUAGUUUGCAACAUCUUUGUCGCAGGGCUUUAAAUCGUCAAAUUCUCGCCACUGGUGAAACUGAUGUAAAACAAACGUGGAUUCCUCACCCGGUGAAGUCAUAUUUAUCACAAUAUCCCUACCCUAUGUAA